UUAUUUAAAAGCCUGUUGUUUCAUCAUAUUUACAACCCAGCGCAGGCCAAUCAGCCUCCGUCAUAGGAAAGUGGGAGGAUGCACUGCAAAGUUUAUCAGGACGAUUGUUUAAUCGUUUAGCAGACGGAGCAGCGCUGGGGAAGCACGAUGACUACAGCCUUGAGGCUCGCGUGUUGGCUGCAGCUGCUGGUUUUAGCUGGUGGCACCUCUUCCAAAUCCAGAUCAAGAGACUGGGCUCUUCAUGGAGCUCCCAUGUUUGCUGACCUCACAGUUCGUGAGAUGAAGGCCGUCCGGGCCUACCUGCAUGACCUCCCAGAACUGGGGCUCACCAACGCUCGUAGCAAGGCGCUGAAGAAAAACAGCAUCCUCCUGAUGGAGCUCCACGUCCCAAAGAAGCACGAAGCCCUCCGGGCUCUGGACCGUGGACAGGCCAGACCCCCACGUCAGGCCCGCGUAGUCGUCCAGUUUGGAAACCAGACCAGUCCCAACAUCACUGAAUACAUAGUCAGCCCACUGCCUUUCCCAAAUUCCCAUGAAGUCAAGACCUUCAAGGGUGAAAGGCCCAUUCGCUUCGAGUCCAGGCCAAUAACGGCUGUCGAGUACGACCACGUUAACAACAUCUUGGAGAAGAUCGCCACCACAGCUUAUGAUCUUCUGUUCGAGACCACAGGAGGGUUUUCCUACACCAACUGCUCCGACCGCUGCCUGACGUUCACUGACAUAGCCCCCCGAGGGCUGGCUCCGGGCGAGAGGAGGACCUGGAUCAUGCUGCAGAAAUUUGUGGAGGGUUAUUUCCUUCAUCCCGUUGGCUUUGAGGUCCUCCUCAACCACAAGGACCUUAACCCAGAGCGGUGGACCGUGGAGAAGGUCUGGUACAACAGCAUGUACUUUGACAGCGUUGAGGAGCUCGUCCAGAAAUAUCGAACGGGAGGCGUCGGAAAGGUGAAACUGCCCGAUCACGACGACAGCGACCUGUUCUCCACCUACGUCCCCCGAGGCCACAGCAGCACCGCCACUAACAUCCACGGGCCCAAGCUCGUGGAACCUCACGGCCACCGCUACCACGUUGAGCGGAACUUCGUCGAGUAUGGCGGCUGGUCCUUCGCCUACCGGGUCCGCUCGUCGGCCGGGCUCCAGGUGUUCGACCUGCGCUUCAACGGGGAGAGGAUCGCCUACGAGAUCAGCCUCCAGGAGGCCGUGGCGUUCUACGCCGGGGACACGCCGGCCGCCAUGCAGACGAAGUACAUCGACGCCGGCUGGGCGAUGGGCAGCUCCACCUACGAGCUGGCGCCGGGAAUCGACUGUCCCGAAAUCGCCACCUUCGUAGACCUCCACCACUUCUUCGAUACAGACAGACCAGUGCAGCACAAAAACGCGCUGUGCAUCUUUGAGAUGACCACCGCCAUGCCGCUGAGGAGGCACUUCAACUCCAACUUCCUGGGAGGCUACAACUUCUUUGGAGGACUGGAAAACACCGUGCUGGUGCUGCGGACCACUUCAACCGUCUACAACUACGACUAUAUCUGGGACUUCCUGUUCUACCAGAACGGGGUGGUGGAGGUCAAGGUCAGCGCCACUGGAUACAUCCACGCCACCUUCUUCACAGCGAACGGGCUUCACUACGGCAACAGGGUCUACGACUACGUCCUGGGGAACCUACACACGCACCUCGUCCAUUACAAGGUGGACCUGGAUAUUUCCGGUCGGGAGAACAGCUUCGAGACGAUAGAUCUAAAGUACGUCAACUUCACAAAUCCAUGGAGCCCAAACGACUACGUUGUCCAGUCCAGACUCAACAGGACAGAGCACCGGACCGAGCGUUCUGCAGCCUUCCGCUUUGGCAAAAGGUUCCCACGUUAUGUGAACUUUUACAAUCCUAAUGAGAAGAAUAAAUGGGGGCACAACAAGGGAUACCGCAUUCAGUUCAACUCACACGCCCACAGCAUCCUCCCCAGAGGCUGGAAGGAGGAAAACGGCAUCAGCUGGACGAGGUAUCCUCUGGCUGUGACCCGUCACAAAGACAACGAGACCACCAGCAGCAGCAUAUACACGCAGAACGACCCCUGGGAGCCUGUGGUGUCCUUUGAGGACUACAUCCGCAACAAUGAGGACAUAGUCAAUCAGGACCUGGUUGCCUGGGUGACGGUCGGCUUCCUGCACGUGCCUCACUCGGAGGACAUUCCCAACACGGCGACGCCGGGCAAUGCGGUGGGCUUCUUCCUGCGGCCCUUCAACUUCUUCGAUGAAGACCCUUCGCUGGCCUCCAGAAGCACUGUCAUCGUCCGGCCGGGCACAGACGGCAAACCCAAGGUCCAGAGAUGGACGCCGGAGGUCAUAGGUCACUGUGUGACUGACAAAGCCUUCUUCUACAAUGGCACCUAUGCAGGAGUUUAAGGUUUUUACUUCAGUAGUUUAAACUACGACAGUAUCAGCUUGUCACGUUCAUUCUGUGGUCAACACGAGUGGAGCAACACAGUGAAAGUGUAUAUUUUGUAGCUACAUUGUUGUGUGCACAGCUUUUCAUAAAUGAUGCUGCUCAUGCAAAACGUAAGUAAUUAAUGUAGUACACGAGUAAAUCACAGCAACAUUGUAAAGUGUGAAUAAUUCUUGUCUCCCUCCAAUUUACCUGCUUCAAAAGAGUUAGAUUAUAAAUGAAAGCAAAAAGUCCAUGUGCAAAUUGAACACAACUUGAUCUUAAACACAACUUGUGUCACAACACAUGUCACAUAUAACCUGCGAUGGUGGUGUGGGCCGUGGGACGGGCCUAAUCCCACGCUGGGUUUCCAUGGCUCAGGUUUAUCAGCAGCAGGCAUCCAGGAUGCAGGAUGCUCCGCGUCCGCCCUGCUGGGGUAAACCGCUGGUUCCCAGCAUGCUCGCCUUGCUGGCGCUGGGUGGGAGUGCUUUGGCUGGAGAGCAAACAGCAUGAUUCCGGAUCCUCCCCCACAAACAGAUGCCACCUGGCUGUGCCGUCACUCCUAGAAACCCAGCCUUACGCACUGUGAGAGAUUAUGCAGAAGAUAUCAGCACUGGAACCACUGGAACCACUGGCACUGCUUUGUCCUUUAUUUUUUUUUUACAGCUCUCAACUCUCAGCCAAAGGUUUUAUGAAGUAACAAAUAAAUCAACCUGUCAUCAUCAUA